AUGUUUGAUUAUGAUGAUGGUGGUGUUGAUAGUUGUGGUGGUGAUAAAAAAGCUGUAAAUGAUGAUGAUGAUGAUGAUGUCAACGAGAACGACGAUGGUAACGGUGAUAGUGGUGGUGAUGAUGACUCGGAAUUGAAUUAUGGACCUACGUUCUUAAAACUAAGUUUUACUUCAAUAUUUAUAUUAGAUCAGCUAGUUGAACACAAGUUAUAUUUGGCAGUGGCUGGCUCAAAAGCGGUUUCGUCUCGCCCAUGCCUAGGAUACAUGACCCGGCCUCUUCCGGAUGAAGACAUAGACUGCCCGGUAGAUGAUACUGAACUUAGUCAGAAAUAUUAUCUGAUGGCAUGUAAAGAAAUGAAGAUAGCGUCUAUCAGGAAUGUAUUUGAAGGACUUGUCAAGGAGAAAAUGACGUGCAAAGGAAUUGUAAUGUUAAAGGAUGACGUGAAGGCCUGUAAUAUAGCGCUCGUGGGAAAUUCGAAUUGCGAAGCAAUAGAAUUUGAUGGUAAUGAGAUCGGACCAGACGCUGGCAAAUAUUUCAGUGACGUGCUUGAACGGAAUAUUUAUCUCACAGAAAUUAGAAUUACUUGGAACAGUCUUGGUUGUGAAGGAGCGGAGGCAAUAUGUAAAAGUUUACUAAAGAACCAUAAUGUGAGAAUAUUAGAUCUUACCGGCAACCAGUUUACCGAGGAGUCAGGAAAAUAUUUCAAGGAGCUUAUGAUUGAAAACAGUGCUCUCAAUGAACUAUAUCUAGGACACAAUUAUUUCCGGGAACAAGGUGGGGAACUUCUCGGCGAGGGUUUAGAACAAAACGAUUUCUUGCGAGUUUUCGACGUUAGCUGGAAUCACCUCCGUCUGAAAGGUGCGCAAGCCAUAGGGAAAGCACUUGAGAACAACAUAAAUCUAGAGGUGUUGAACGUCGCAUGGAACGGAUUCUACAUACAUGGCGUAUCUUGUAUAUCAACGUCAUUGGCAAAAAAUCAAGCGCUCACAGAUCUCGAUAUCUCGUGCAACAGACUGUCAGAGGUUUGUUUGGCACAACUUCUUAAAGGAUUGGAGAAAAAUACAGCAUUAAAGAAACUCAAGAUAUCUCGGAAUCAUAUCACAGACACUGGUGUAAUGGCAGUUCUGAAUCAACUACAGAAACACCCUACAAUUGGUCUCAACUAUAUUGACUUGGGCGACCAGCACGUGAAGGAAGAGUUUGUAUCUUUGUUGAAGGAGCUGCAGCAGACGAGACAGAUAGACAUACAAUAUGGAAUGGUUUGGACUAAAGAUAGGGAACCUAUUGGAAAACAGGACCAAACAGAAGACGAAUUGGCUUUAUUAAAUGAGAAUCCGCAUUAUGUAUUGAUGGAGUUUAUGAGAUUACAAAAACUACGCUUGGUCGACUUGUUUCAUCAGAUGGACACUGACAAAAGUAAAGGAAUCAGUGUCAUGGAAUUCCAGGAAGGUCUCAAGGUCAUGAACAUUCCUCUCAAGACAAAAACGUUGGAGAAAUUUGUGAAAGCCUGUGACACAGAUAAAAACGGGGAAAUUGAUUAUAUAGAGCUUGUUGAAGCUAAUAAGAAGUUUAAAGAAGAAAUAAGACGAGUUGCAAAGUUAAAUAUUCCGUUAGAGAAAACAGAUCUUGGUCGAAUACAGAAACUGUUGAGAAAGAUAAUGUUAAACUGCCGUGGUGUACCACAUAAUACAGUACAAGCGACAGAAUCUAGUGAUAAAACCACUGUCGAAACUAGUGACACUGGGAAUAAAUCAGUGGAAUGAAAAGUUUUUAUUGUGCACCGUAAAAUUUUAUCUAUGCCAACAAAACACCGUGUUUAAAAUAAUGAUGUACUGUAUUAACCGCUACAGAGCAUUACCCUUAUGGAGACAAGGGGCGUUGCUCUAGGUAGGUAA